AUGCCACAAUCAGUACCGGCAUAUGAUAUCACUCAGGGUGGAUUUGCGGUUGGUGCUGACCAUGGUGCCGAUGGAGAGGAUUACUUCCCGAGACGGGCCACUCGCACCUGGAGCGACAAUACAUCCUUUACUGCUUACGGCGAUGCCACUCCGGAUAUCGUACGAUCGUUAGACGAGGCAGUUAGCGGAACAAGUUCUUUCCCUUCAACUCCAUACAGCCAUCAUGCCCCACCUGGCGCCGACAAUUUUUUCGAUCUGCCUUCCAGGGGCCUCGACGAAAAACAUUCCGAUGGGAGGCUAUCUAUCUCACCCAGCCAUACGCUCUCUCCUGGCCAAGCUGGGUUUUUGGGUCAUUCAAUGGGCAUCGGGGGUCUGGUGGCAAGCCGAGAUUCCGCGGGUUUAAACCAAGGGCUCCCCACUGGAUUUAUGUUUGACCCCUCGAGUCAGGCACUUUCCGCCGCGGCGCAUGCUGCAGUAGCCGAAAGCGAAGCCCGUUAUAACGCUGUCACAAUGUCAAUUGUUAACGCCGGGCUUGACAACGUGGGUCCAGAUGGGCCACUGGACUAUAACUAUUUCAUGAACGUGCUCUAUCCUGGCAGCAGCAAUUUGGAUCCUUCAGGGGUCGAAAACUCGGUUGGCCAGACGAAUCUAGACGGAUCAAUAUCUCAUUCGGGUCUUGAAAAUUCUCUUCCCCACCCGUUCACGCACGUGGACCCCACGCAUGUUCUCACUGGUGACCUUGCAGGCGUUUACGGCCCCAGUCCUUCAAGUGAUAGCUGGGCUCCAACACCUCAAGCGCAAAAGGAAGGCGAGUCCACAUCAGCACCAGGAUCUGGCCCAAGUAGUAUCAAAGAUAGGGCCAAUUCGUCGACAAAGAAGCCCCUGGGAAGAGCGCAAGGAUCCAAGGAUAACGUAGGCGGGAAUGCAGACGACGACGGCACCCCCACCGUUUGUACCAAUUGCCAAACCACGACCACUCCAUUAUGGCGGCGUGAUCCAGACGGUAAUCCUCUUUGCAAUGCGUGUGGAUUAUUUUAUAAGUUACAUGGAGUAACAAGGCCAAUGUCAUUGAAAACAGAUGUGAUUAAAAAGAGGAAUCGUGCCUCUGGUGGGCCAAGCGGCGGCUCCAGGAAAUCUGCGACACCUAAUCAUACACCCAGCCAGCCGGGUGUACAUGCGACUGCUGGUCGUCCGAUAGCGCCAUCUACGCGAUUGACCACGGUGGCUGCUGCGGGGGGCGGGGGCGCUCCUGCCAAUUCUCCUGCCAACUUGGCGAUUAAACGCGCGAGAAGGAUAUCUGUAAACGGGUUGUCGAGUGGCACUGCUUUGACACCUAACCGUCGUGGGACUAUAGAAUAA